CAGGCUACGUGUUUCCGGUUGCAGUCACACUUCCUUCAAGCCCUACGGCGGACGAGAGCAAGGAAAGAACAGGAGAAUGCUGGCCACCAGAGCCCUGCGCCUAGUUGGCAAACAUGCCAUUUCAACAUCUGUCUGUGUACGUGGAGGACAUGGUGUUGCUAAGGUAGAAGAAUAUACUCUCCCUGCAUACUUUGACAGGCGGGAGAGUCCUCUUCCGGAUGUCAGCUAUGUGCAGAACCUGAGUCCUGAGCAGCAGUCCCUGAAGGAGAAGGAGAAGGGCUCCUGGGCUGCACUCUCCAAUGAGGAGAAGGUUGCAUUGUACCGCAUCAGCUUCAAUCAGAGCUUUGCUGAGAUGAACCAUGGAACAUCAGAGUGGAAGUCUGUUGUUGCAGGGAUGUUCUUCUUGAUUGGCCUCACUGGCCUGGUUGUGCUCUGGCAGAGGAAGUAUGUGUACGGACCUGUCCCUCACACAUUCGAUCCUGAGUACAAAGAGAAGGAGCUGCAGAGGGUGUUGGACAUGAGAAUGAACCCAGUUGAAGGCUUCGGUGCCAAGUGGGACUACGAAAACAAGCAGUGGAAAAAGUAACUUUCAGACCCAGAGGACCAUCAUUUCAUAUACUUGAAGAGAAAGGCAGACCAACUCAACGAUACAAGAAUACCUUUAUUUCUGUAUUUAUCACUUGUUCACAUUACCUCAGUCUGUGCAUUUUGGAAGACCUCUUCCUCUUAUGGUCAUUGUGUAUUAUAGACAUAAGAAUAAAAAUCGUUAAACGUAUGAAA